UGUGUUGGCUUUCGCUUUCCAUUUCCCAGCCUCCACAGGCGGGGCCGAGCUCGGGGCUUCCCGGCAGAGAGUCCCCGAGCUGGGUCACUGUGCGGAGCGGGACUGAAUCCCGAAGCGAAGCGUCUGUCUGCACCGGGGAGACUCCCGCGGUGCCCGGGACUGGCUCCCAGCGAUGGCGGUCCCCAGUGCCCUGCUGUGUUUGGCUGUGCUGGAUGUGGCUCUGACCUGGGUCCUGAGCCCAGCCCUGCAGGUGUGGGGGGCCGAGCCCCUGCUGGAGCUCUGGGUGUGCUCGUUGCUGCGUCUGGGCCUGCUUUCUGCCUGUCUGCAGCCGGUGAGCUGUCUGCUGCCGGGGCUGAUGUCUGGCCAGCUCCGAGACCUGCGCCUGGGGCUGGCCACGUGCUGCCUUCUGUUGCCGACCUACACCAGCCUGUUGGUGGCCAUCGGCUGCCCCUGCCCCGAGCUCCUACACGGCCCCUGUACCACCCGUGUGCUGGCUCUCACUUACCUACUCACGGGACUGGGGUUCACCGUCAACCAGAGGUUCCUGCCGGAGGUCGGGGGUUCCCAGACGCCCGGCCAGACAGCCUCCCUCACCAGACUGGUAUCUUGUCUGAGGCCUGACUCCAGCCGUUUCCUCUUCGUGGCCGUCUUCCUGGUCCUGUCAUCGGCUGGGGAGAUGGCCAUUCCGUACUACUCCGGCCGGAUGACUGACUGGGUGAUGAACAAGGACAAUCCAUCGGCUUUCUCCAGCACCAUCUUGGCGAUGGCGGCCUUCACCAUUGGCAGUGCUGUUUCAGAGUGUAUUUGCGACUGUAUCUACAACGCUACAAUGACAGGAAUUCACACCAGGAUUCAGGGCUCCGUGUUUAGAUCUGUCGUGCAGCAGGAGAUCGCAUUCUUCGACACUCAGCACACAGGGAACAUCACAUCCCGCAUCACCACAGACACGAACACGAUGAGCGACUCGCUGUCGCAACAGCUGAGCCUGCUGAUGUGGUACCUGAUGAGGGUCACGUGUCUCCUGGCCUUCAUGCUCAGCCUGUCCUUCAAACUAUCCCUCUUCACCCUGGCUUUGAUUCCAUUCAUCAUCAUCGUCCCUGAGUUCUUCGCCCAUUUCUACCAGAACCUGUCGGCUGACGUCCAGGCGUCUCUGGCCAAAGCCAAUGACGUGGCGAUGGAGACGUUCUCCUCCAUGAAGACAGUGCGCAGCUUCGCCAACGAGGAUGGAGAGUGCCGACGAUACGGAGAGCGAUUGAAUAACACCUUCCAGCUGAACAAGAGGGAGGCCUUGUUCUACGCCAUCUACAUGUGGACCAACAGUCUCUCCGGCCUGUUACUGAAGGUCAGCAUCUUGUUCUACGGGGGAUCGCUCGUGACAGACGGCAGUGUGACGAGCGGUGGUCUUGUCUCCUUCAUCCUCUAUCAACUGCAGUUUACCUCGGCCAUUGAGGCCCUACUCCACGUCUACCCUCAUGUGAAGAAAGCUGUUGGGGCCUCGGAGAAAGUCUUUGAGUACAUGGAUCGUAAGUCUGUCAUGCCCCCUGUGGGGACCCUCAGGCCAGCAAAGCUGAAGGCACACAUCGAGUUCAGGAAUGUGACAUUUGCCUACCCCAGGCAGCCAGAUCUUCCGGUGUUGAAGAAUGUGUCCUUUGAGGUGCGGAGUGGGGAGGUGACGGCCCUGGUGGGGGCCUCGGCCGCGGGGAAGACCACCUGUGUGUCCCUCCUGCAACGUUUCUAUCAGCCCCAGUCGGGACAGAUCCUGCUGGAUGGGAUUCCCAUCGAGGAGUACGAGCACAAGCCUUACCACAGGAAGGUGGCCCUGGUGAGCCAAGAGCCGGUGCUGUUUGCUCGGUCGGUGGAGGAGAACAUCGCCUACGGACUGGAGGAUGUCAACGCUGAACGUGUGGCCAACGCAGCGAGAGAUGCCUGUGCACACCAGUUCGUCACAGCGCUGAGGGACGGGUACAGCACAGACGCCGGUGAAAAGGGGGGACAACUCUCGGGGGGACAGAAGCAGCGAGUGGCCAUUGCCCGAGCUCUGAUCCGAGACCCUCAGGUCCUCAUUCUGGACGAUGCAACAAGCUGCCUGGACAAUGAGACCGAGCACCUGGUCCACCAGUCGGUGUACAGUCGAGCUGAGGGGCGUGCCGUGCUGGUAAUCGCACACCGGCCGAGUACGAUAGAGAGAGCCGAUCGGAUCGUGGUGCUGGAGGGGGGGAAGGUGGUAGAGGAGGGGACGCCCCAGCAGCUGCAGGAGAAGGGCAGCAGUUACCACCGGCUGCUCCACGUGCACAGCCCGGACGCAGGGACUGAGCAAUCGGAGGAGGGGCUGGUGGAAACGGAGGUGGAGUCGUGAACAGCGGGAUGUCCUGCUGGUGUCUGCUCAGGCACAGUCGGGUGGUCUUGAAUGUAAUUUAGACUAUUGUACAUAUGAUGUUGUUUGUGUUUAAUAAAGUAUUUUG